AUGCUUUACGGCCAAAACCUACCGUGGCGGAUUGCGCUUCGAAAUGUAACCAUUAAACAAAAUACGGAAGUUUCGAGUACGGUUUUGAGGAGGACAAUCAGAAAGUAUCAUGGCAGAACCGCACAAUCGUCGGUCUCUUUACGAUCUCGUUUCAUUCAGUCAGGUCUCGGUGGCGUCGCGAGGUUUUCAACAGCUCCUGCUCUGCGAAAAGAUAUCCCGAAAGACUUGUUCAAUCAAGCAGAAAUAACAUCUGCGGAAGAGAAGAAGGAGAAAAAGGCAAAGGCUAAGGCUGAAUCAGUUGAGAAAGUCAGUGGCGAGAAAGAAAUAGAAACCAAGAGCAAGACAGGCGAAGCAACUUCUUCUGGUAGUAACACUUCUUCUGGAAGUGCGGCUGAUGGGAAAGGAAGCAGUGCCGGUGGUGCAGGGGAUUCUGGCAAUAAUGAUGGCGGAAAGAAAAGUCGCAAAGGAGCUUCGGAAAAGGCUUUACAAAAAGCUAUGGUUCCAGAGGUAUAUCCACAAGUGAUGGCAAUUCCAAUCACCAAGAGACCUCUAUUCCCUGGAUUCUACAAGGCUGUCACUGUGCGAGAUCCCAAUGUUGUAGCUGCCAUUCAGGAUAUGAUGAAGAGGGGCCAGCCAUACAUUGGAGCUUUCUUGUUCAAGGACGACAACAUGGAUAAAGAUGUCAUUGAGAAUAUUGAUGACGUACAUGAUGUUGGAGUUUUCGCACAAAUUACUAGCGCUUUUCCUGUUCACGGAGAUGAUUCUGCUUUGACUGCGGUACUUUAUCCACAUCGUCGAAUUAAGAUGUCCGCUCUCAUCAGUCCUGAGCGUGAGAACACGGACGCAAGUAAGACUGAAGGCACGCAAGCUGAACCACCUGUUCCCGAGAUCAUACCUCCAAAGGUUACAAAGGAGGAAUCUUCUGAGAAGAAGGGUGAUGUUGUAGCUAGCUUUGAAGAAGGAACGGUGACGCAGAAAACUUCAGAGCGACCUGUAUUGCCAUACGAGCCAAUAUCGUUCUUACGCAAAUACCCAGUCAGUCUGGCAAACGUGGAGAAUCUGACCGAAGAGUCAUAUGAUCCUAAAAGCCCCAUAAUCCGUGCUGUUACAAAUGAAAUUGUAAAUGUGUUCAAGGAAGUGGCAACUCUCAACAGUCUCUUCCGAGAUCAAAUCUCCACAUUUUCGAUGAGUCAGUCAUCGGGCAAUGUUAUGUCGGAGCCUGGGAAACUUGCGGAUUUCGCUGCGGCUGUUUCUGCUGGUGAAGUCUCCGAGCUUCAAGAUGUGCUUGAAACUCUCAAUAUUGAGGAGAGAUUACAAAAGGGUUUGACUGUCUUGAAGAAGGAGUUGAUGAAUGCUCAGUUGCAAUCUAAAAUUUCAAAAGAUGUUGAGAACAAGAUUCAAAAGCGUCAACGCGAGUACUACUUGAUGGAACAGUUGAAGGGUAUUCGUAGAGAGCUUGGUAUUGAGUCUGAUGGUAAAGAUAAGCUAGUUGAGAAAUUCAAGGAGAAGGCAGCCAAGCUUGCGAUGCCGGAAGUAGUCAGGAAAGUCUUUGACGAGGAGAUCAACAAAUUAGCACAUCUUGAACCAGCUGCGUCUGAGUUUAAUGUCACAAGAAAUUACUUGGAUUGGUUGACGCAAAUCCCAUGGGGUCAACGCAGUGCAGAAAACUUUGGAAUCAACAAUGCUAUGACCGUACUUGACGAAGAUCACCACGGUUUGAAGGAUGUGAAAGAUCGCAUCUUGGAAUUCAUCGCGGUUGGCAAACUGAGAGGUACCGUAGAGGGUAAAAUCUUAUGUUUCGUUGGUCCUCCUGGUGUCGGUAAGACAAGUAUUGGUAAGAGUAUUGCCAGAGCUCUCAACCGUCAAUACUACAGAUUCAGUGUGGGAGGUCUCACAGAUGUCGCGGAAAUCAAGGGUCACAGAAGAACAUAUGUUGGCGCACUUCCCUGGAAGAAUUAUUCAGGCGCUAAAGAAAAUAUUGGUAGAGGUCAUCAAGGUGAUCCAGCAUCUGCACUUUUGGAAUUACUGGAUCCUGAACAAAACACCUCGUUCCUCGACCAUUAUCUUGAUGUCCCUGUGGAUCUUUCUAAAGUUCUCUUUGUCUGUACAGCCAACAUGACUGAUACUAUUCCUCGUCCUUUACUUGAUCGUAUGGAGAUGAUUGAAUUGUCAGGAUAUGUUGCGGAUGAAAAGAUGGCCAUUGCGGAGCGCUAUCUUGGACCCGCAGCCAAGGAAUUGGCUGGUUUGAAGGAGGUUGAUGUUAACCUCAGUAAAGAAGCCAUUGAGGAACUCAUCAAGUCUUACUGCAGAGAGUCUGGUGUUAGAAAUCUCAAGAAACAGAUUGAAAAGGUUUACCGUAAAUCUGCUUUGAAGAUUGUCCAGGACCUUGGAGAGAGUGUUCUUCCUGAAGAAGAAGCCUUGACUGAAGAAGGCAAGGCAGCUCUAGAGGAGUCCAAGAAAGAUCAGACUGAUGUUAAGGAAACACCUGAAACAAUUGAAAAGGAGACUACCGAGGUACCUCGAGUUAGUCUUAAGGUUCCUGAUGAUGUACAUGUCACCAUUGGAAAGGAUAACCUUAAGGAUUACGUGGGUCCACCAGUAUUCACAUCGGAUCGGCUAUAUGAUGUUACACCUCCUGGUGUAGCAAUGGGUCUGGCUUGGACACAAAUGGGUGGCGCCGCACUAUACGUUGAAUCCAUUCUCGAAAGUGCCUUAUCCCCCUCCUCUACCCCUGGUCUCGCUACCACCGGUAAUCUCCAGGCUGUCAUGAAGGAAUCCACCACAAUCGCGUAUUCCUUUGCUAAAUCAGUUAUGGCCAAAAACUUCCCUGAUAAUCAUUUCUUCGAUAAGGCGAAACUACAUCUUCACUGCCCUGAGGGAGCGGUUCCAAAAGAUGGACCGAGCGCGGGUAUCACGAUGGCUACUUCGUUGCUUUCGCUAGCACUGGAUAGACCACUUGAUCCAACGAUUGCUAUGACGGGCGAGCUUACUGUUACGGGUAAGGUACUCAGGAUUGGAGGAUUAAGAGAAAAGACUGUAGCUGCAAGAAGGGCGGGAAGUAAAAUGAUUAUCUUCCCAGAUGACAACAUGAGUGAUUGGUUGGAACUUCCAGCUAACAUCAAGGAUGGAAUUGAAGGUAAACCCGCAAAAUGGUAUUCGGAUGUAUUUGAUCUCGUCUUCCCAAAUCUGGAUAAAGAGGCUGCGAAUGGACUUUGGAAAGAUAGAUUGGUGAAGACGAAGGGGGAGAAGGAUGGAGAUGAUGAGUGA